UCACCCCUUAUAAAUAUGUGAAAGUGAAAGAGAGCGAUAACCACUAAAACUGUCGGAAUCAUUUCUGCAAAAGACAAAGCCAAAACAAUAUCACAAACCAGUAAGCAGAGAAAUGGCAGAAACAAAGUUGAGCGGCUUCAAAGACCAAAAAUGGUCCCUCCAUGGCAUGACAGCUCUAGUUACAGGAGGCACCCGAGGCAUAGGAUACGCUAUAGCUGAAGAACUAGCAGAAUUUGGAGCAUCUGUGCAUAUAUGUGCUCGUAAUCCGAAAGAUAUUGAGAAAUGCUUAGAAGAAUGGAAAAGAAAAGGUUUUCGUGUAACAGGAUCGCCAUGUGAUGUAUUAUUCCGUGACCAACGCGAAAAUUUAAUGAAAAAUGUUUCUUCCAUCUUUAACGGAAAACUCAACAUUCUGAUAAACAAUGCUGGAACAACUACAUCUAAGAACAUCAUAGAUUAUACUGCAGAAGAUGUAAGCAACCUAAUGGGAACUAAUUUUGAGUCUAGUUUCCACCUAUGUCAACUAGCACAUCCCCUUCUCAAAGCAUCUGGAUAUGGGAGCAUAGUAUUCAUAUCCUCCACUGCAGGUUUUAAAGCUUUGCCUUAUAGUGCUGUGUAUGCAUCCUCUCACGGCGCUAUUGAUAUAUUCACCAAGAACGUAGCAUUGGAAUGGGCAAAGGAUAAUAUUCGUGCAAAUUCUGUAGCACCUGGAUGUAUUAAGACAAAACUUCUGGAUUCUGCAGUGGAAUCUGUUGAGGGAGGGAAUAAAAUUGUUGAAGCUAUGAUAUCUCAAACACCAGUUGGUCGCCUUGGAGAACCUAAGGACGUAUCAACCGUGGUUGCUUUCCUUUGCCUUCCAGCUGCUUCAUACAUCACUGGACAAAUUAUAACUAUCGAUUGGGGUUACACAAUUUAAUCUGUUAUGUAAAAGAUUAUUACCGGUAUAAAAUAAAAUAAAAUAAAAAACUGCCCCAAACACAGAUCUCCGCAUCAAUUUGGUUUGUCAGAAGCUCCACAACUCAUCAAUUAUUAGUAUUGUUUGAAGUACAAUAUUUUAAGUGUUAUGUAUUUCAUUAUGAAGUUCAGUUUAUCAAUUUCAAGUUAACUUCGAACGA